UAAAAUCCAAUUUUUGUUCCUCAAAAGAGCGUAACCGCGUUCUGUUGAGAAUAUUUAAUUGCUGUGAUCUAGAGCAGCUGGCUGGCUGGCUGUCGACUUAAUUAGAUUUAGAUAUUUAUUUUUGAUUCAAAAUGCGUGUCAAUUUGUAUUUUUUAGCGAUUUUUCUACAUCCUUCUGAUCUGUUAAUUUCUAUUUUUGACUUGAUUUAAUCACUUACCUACUCUUCUUUUGCCCUUUAAAUCAUUUGAAAAACAAACCUCUUCUCAGGACAAAGGCGUUUCUAUUAGAUUUGUGGUCGUGCUGUUGGGAUACUUGAAGAGGAUCAUCAAUUCUCAAGCUCGAAGCUGCUGUUUUUCUUUCCAGUAGAGGGAGAUAAAAUGGAUGAGAGAGUUGGAGAAUCGAGGUAUUGGUGUCAUAUGUGUUCAAAAAUGGUGAAUCCCAUAAUGGAAGUUGAGAUCAAAUGCCCGUUUUGUCAAAGUGGGUUUGUUGAAGAAAUGGGCACUACCACUAGUAACAACAAUCAAGACCACAACAUCACGGAUUCUGUUUUUGGAUCUGACCGUGCCCUCUCGCUUUGGGCACCAAUCUUGCUUGGUAUGAUGGGGCAUUUGCCUCCACACUAUCGGAGAUUCAGGAGACCGGAAUUUGAAGAGGAUGAUCCUGAUGGUGGUAGUAAUGAUAAUGAUCAUGGUGAGUUGGAUAGCCAACCUGAUUCCAAUAUGACUAGGAGAAGAAUGAGGAGAAAUCCAGCUACUAUUUUGCAGUUGUUUCCAGGAAUUCGAGCCGGACUGGAGUCUGAGAGUAAUGAAUCUGAUAGGGAUAGAGUUGGUGAUGGAGAUAGGGAUAGGGAAGGGGAAAGGGAAAGGGAAAGGGAUAGAGAGCGCAUGAUUUUGAUUAAUCCUUUUAAUCAGACUAUCAUUGUUCAGGGUUCUUAUGAUGGUCACAAUCCAAAUCAUAAUCAUGCCACCAUUGGCUCACCAGGUGAUUACUUCAUUGGUCCUGGCUUGGAUUUGUUGUUGCAGCAUUUGGCUGAAAAUGAUCCAAAUAGAUAUGGGACACCACCAGCACAAAAGGAGGCUGUUGAAGCAAUGCCUAGUGUGAAGGUUGCGGAGACAUCGGAGUGUUCGGUGUGUUUGGAGGAUUUUGAGAUUGGUGAGGAAGUCAAGGAAAUGCCUUGUAAGCAUAAAUUUCAUAGUGGGUGUAUAUUGCCAUGGCUGGAGCUUCAUAGUUCUUGUCCAGUUUGUAGGUAUCAAAUGCCUGCCGAUGAAUCCAAACUUGAGUCUGAAAGGUCUAGGAACAGCAGGGAAAACGAGCAUAACAGUAGUAGUGGGCAUGGUACCGAUGAAGAGGUAGAUGGGGAAGGGAGAAAUGGGAGGGGUCGAAGGUUUUCUAUCCUAUGGCCUUUCAAUGGUUUGUUCUCUGCCUUGAAUUCACCCACUAGGGGGAGCAGUUCAACCUCAGGUUCUCAAUCCGGAAAUGCCUCACAAACAAAUGAGAAUUGAGUAUGUUUCAUAUGUUGUUGUAUAAGUUGGUUGUUGUCUAUGUUGCUUGAAUGUAAUGCCUUUGUCUAUGUACAUAUAGUCUCUUGCCAAAUUCAAAAUUUGGAAUAACAUAUAAUGUUGUUUUCUGCCUA